AUGAGGUUGAAACGAUGUGAAGCGCACCUAUUGAAUCUGGUCGUUCCCUUUAUAAGAGUUGCCCAUAUUCCCAGAUCCAGGGAAUUUCGGGUGAUCGGAUCUAUGAUAUGUGUUGAAGCUGAAAUUCAAUCAAGUAUCGAAACAAUAUUACCAGUCGAUCAAAAUCUGAUUCCCAUUGCUCUGAAAAGGCGCCCUGAGUAUCGCGGCAAUUUUAUUGAAGAAGUGGUAUCUAAACAAAACAUUUUAGCAUACUUUAAUUUCCUCAAACAAAACAACCCACUAUUUAGAGAUGUCCACUUUGAUAUAACAAAGUUGGACCAAUUUCUGUCAUGUACAAUAGAUUGCAUUGAAGAUCAAGACGAAUGGAAAACAUCUCAAUCUUGUGCUGUUGCCAAUGCCGACACUGAACUUAAUAUUGCAAUGGAAAAUAUCAUCGAUUACAGUGAUGGAAAUAAUGUAAUCGAUUGUGGCAAAAUACUUGGCGAAAGUGACAAUACAACCGUCAUUUCUGAAAAUAAUGACAAUGACGAGGACUAUGAUACUCCGGAAUAUCUCACAGAAUUUAUUGCUGAUACAGUUAUCGACCCUCUUACUAAGACCGAAAGCACAUGUCAUGUUACAGAUACUCUUGCAUCAGCCAUCAUUUUCAAGGAACAAACCAGUAUCCCAAACAAUUCAAAUUCCCAUAGGAAUAGAAUGCCAUUUGUUACGGUUGCCCCUACCGCUGGUAGCAAAUUUACAAGAUGGGAAGAAUGUGAAUAUCUCGAAGAGAAAUGCUUCCCACAUUUGUUUCCAAAUGGUACUGGGGUUAUUUGUCUACGUAUCUGGAAAAAGGAACAAAUAGAGAUCAAGAGAUCGUGUGCAACUUUCUUCCGCAAAUCCAAAAUUGGUAAAAGCAGAUAUACAGCUCAAUUCUUUAAAAAUGUUGAUAAGCAAGAAAUUGAGCGAACAGAUCUAGGAUAUAAAGUGUUUAAAAAUGUACGGGGAACCGCGCCAUAUUUUCAAAGCGCAAAAUUGAAAAUCAUGACAAUGAUUCGCCAGUUGGGAUCACCAAAUUUGUUUUUGACACUGAGCAGUGCGGAGUCAUAUUGGAAUGAUUUCAUCAAGAUGCUUCUGGAAAAGGAACGGAAUCAAAUUGUAUCAGAUGAAAUUGUAAGAAGUUUGGAUACAUGCGAAAUUAAUAAGAUACUUACUCGCAACGUUACACAACAUUUCAGUAAUAGAAUGAAAGUUAUUUUUAGACACUUGCAAAAACCAGGUCUGUUGGGCAAAUACAAAGUUUCUGACUAUUUCUUCCGAAUCGAAUUUCAGAUGCGAGGUGCACCACAUGUCCAUUCUUUAUUGUGGCUGCAGGAUGAAAAUGGCAAAAUUCCCCCUCGUUAUGAUUCAGAAGAGUCUCGAUCUGCUUGUGAAGCAUUUAUCGAUUUUGUGAUAGCUGGAAAACUCCCUCAGGGUAACUCUGAUAUUCUGGACACAGUGUCUACUUUUCAAAGACAUAGCCACACUUUUACAUGUCGCAAGAAGAGUCGUAAAAUUACUAUUCAUUCCGAUGAAGGCCAUGGUGUUAAUGAUUGUACAAUAGAAAGACAAAGAAUGCAUUUAAACACGUGCAGAUUCAAAUUUCCCCACUUUCCAAUGCCUAGAACAAUGAUCCUUGAUGCACCAAAUGAAAAUGUUGACCCAGAAGAUCGCAAAAUAUGGAAGAGCGCUUAUGUCAUGCUUAGAAAAUUUAUUUUACGUCAAACUCAUUCUGAUCGAGACACUCAAUGUAAUCAAGAGUUUUUGACCCUAACGUUUAAUGAUUUCCUUCAUGCAGUGGGCCUAACGGAAGAAGCAUAUUAUAAUGCGCUUCGGGCAUCUCUUGCUGAGAAUAAGUGUGGAUCGCAGGUGUUCUUAAAGCGUGACUGUUGUGAUUUGUGGACCAACAAUUACAACAAGAACAUUCUGGAAGUACACCAAGCUAAUAUGGAUAUAUCAUUUGUCCUGAAUGAGUUUGCAUGCGUUGCGUAUGUGUUGGGGUACAUUACAAAGAAUGAAUCAGGAUUAAGCAGGCUGUUGCAUCAAAUAGAAGUGGAAUCUGCAAAGUUUGGUCGAACACCCGGCGAAAAGCUGAAAUUGUUUAGUCGGGCACUUGAAAAUAGCCGUGAAGUCUCUCGAAGUGAGGUUGUUUACAGAAUGCUUGGCCUCCAUUUUGUGUGUAGCACCAGGACACACGAAUUCGUUCAAACAUCUCAUCCUUCGGCGCGUGAUGGAAUCAUGAAAGGUAAUAUUGCAGAUUUGGAUGAUGAUGAAAAUCCAUUUCAGAAUAGCAAGACUGACUACUAUGUGGAUAGACCAGACGAUCUUGAAGAUCUGUGUUUGGCUGAGUGGAUACGCGAUUACAAGAUUAUUUACAAGUCAAAAUCUGAAAAAGCAGCAUAUCAACUAAUUGAUGCUGAUCAUGAAGAAAAUUAUGAAGAGACAGACACAGCCCGUUGCAGUCGAAUUCGAUGGUUGAAAAAUCAGAAGGGUGAUUCAGAAAAAAUACUAAACAUUCAAUGGGAUGAGAUGAAAGAAAUUCAUGAGGUAAGCGGGAGAACUAUUGAUGAGGUUUUUGACAUGUUUAAAGAACAAGUUGAAAAGAUGAGAAAAGAAUUCGAACCUCACAGAAAAAUGCUUGUAAACAUUGACCAAGCUAUGGAAGACAUUGAAACUCAUCAGAAUGGUGAUCCAGAUGACAUGCUUUAUGAGGACCAAGAAAUAGAGGACGCAUCCACUGAAAUUGAGGAAGAGUUGCAACACUUCGUAAACCUUGCUAAUAGUCCUGCAGUACGAGAAGAAACCAUAUUUGCAAAGCGUAUUGUUGUAUGCGAAAUGAUCCGAAAACUCAAUAAAAGUCAAAGGCUUAUAUUCGAUGAUGUUAUGGAAAGAAUAGAUAGUCAGUAUUAUCCUAUUGAGGACGCAAUCCCAUUUCAUUUAUACAUCGGUGGAAAAGCAGGCACGGGAAAAUCUUUUCUAAUGAAGAGCAUGAUUGAGGCAUCACGUUUGCUAUUGAUGAGAUCUGGAGAUAAUGUAACCAAACCGACAGUUUUAGUUCUCUCCCCUACUGCUGCUGCUGCACGAAUUAUAGGUGGCGAAACCAUUGAAAGUGGUUUGAAAUUUUCUCGUAAUGAUGACUCUGAGGCCUUUCAAGUUUUCUCCAGCAAUGCAACUUCUGCUUAUGAGUAUGAAAAUGUCAAAGUUGUAUUCAUUGAUGAGAUAUCUAUGGUCGGGAGCAAUAAGCUACAUCAGAUUCAUACCCGAUUGGAACAAAUACUCGGACGCAAAGGUAUGCCAUUUGCUGGUUUACCAUUGAUAGUUACAGGUGAUUUCUCACAACUACCACCGGUUAAAGACACGUGGAUUUUUGCAAACAAUAGACGCCCCCAGAGAACUGACUUCACUGCUCCCAAUAAAUGGAAACUUCACUUCAAGCUAUAUGAGCUAACAGAAAAAAUGAGAUCAAUCGAUGAUGUCGAGUUUUCCCACCUUUGCGAUAAUGUAGCCAUGGAUACUUUGAAUGCUAGUGAUGAAAGCAUGCUGUUCGGUCGGAUAAAAGAAUGUCCAAAUGAGAAUAAUAAUGACCAUUAUCGAGAAGGAAAACUAGCCAUCAUUGUCACAGAUAAUAAAAAUGCAAAAAGAGAAAAAAAUAAAUUCCAGAUUGCUGGAGGCUUUAGAUGGUGA